GGGGUGGGGGGAGGUGGGCUAAGGAUUGGGAAAAACUUGAAUUAAGGGACUUGGCGAUACUGAGUAGGAAAAUGUCACUGGGUCCAUGCUGAGUGGUUGAAGUGGAGAGCAGGAGAGGGAAGGAGGCGGAAGGGGCAGCAGUGGGCAAGGAGUCGUUCAGAAAUUUCUCUUCGGGUCUUUCUGUCUCUGUUGCAGACUUUGUCUCAGCUUCUUUGUCUCUUUGAAUUACUCCUCAUUGUUCUCCGUGUGUGUCUAUUUCUCACCCCUGCUCCUUUCUUUCUCUAGGUGUCUGCCUGUCUCCGUGUGCCCUGAGAUCUGUCUCUCACCAAUUCUACUUUUGUGUUUCUCUGAGUCUGCCCUUCUCCCUCUCUUUCUCUCUGUGCUGCUGAACAGAGCCAACCCUCUGACUUUCCCACAAGGAGCUUUGGAACCUUCCAGGAGUGGCCAGGCUUCUCCCCUUUGGCUACAUUGUAGACUGUAGGCUGUCCCCGGGCACGGUCCUAGGGUAUCAGUUUCUGACGAGGACCUGAGCGAGCUGCAGUGUAUGGGCCCUUUCCAGGGAGUAGGAUUUCCCCACAGAAGACCUUAGAGCAUGGAGGCCUGGGCCCAGGAGGGAAGCAGGCUAGCAGGGGGAGUGAGACUCAUCUCUGCUCCUCUACCCUUUCCUUCUAGUUCAUGGACCAGUGCUCCCUGAUCUUGCAAACUAUCACAGGAAAGAACUCUCACUCUCUUUCUGGCUUCCUAGCCCUUCUUUUUUUACACCAUUUCUAGAACUGGAGGAGAAACAGGCUCAGAAAUGCUUCGAGGUGAUGCUGGAGGGCAGCGACUAGGGCUGCUUGCAAGGAAGGCCUGCGUGCCUUUUGGGGCCGGUGGGGAGAUGCCCAGGAGGGGAGUCUGGGGCCUGCCCUGCUCGGCUUGCACCCCGAGCCUUCUGCCACAGACCGGGGCAGCUGAGUCGGGGUGACAGGAGCUCAGGCGAUGGCCAGGAAGUGGCUGUCGUUGGUUGGCAGAGGCGCCAUACCCACCGUGUCCAAGCUGAAUGUUUGGAUGCAUGUGAGAGACUCCAAAGGCCUGGUGCUUCCUGAAGGCGCCGCUGGUGGUGCGGGCUCUGCAGACCACCUGGGCCCUGGGGGCUGCGACAUGUGUCCCCGCAGGUGCGCUUCCUGGGAGGAGCCUCAUGCCUUAUGUGGUUGGGAUGGAGACUGGGAGAGGGCAGGGGGCACAGCUUGGGAUCCUCACGAGAACCCGUUCUCUUGCCAAGCGCCCAGGACCCUGCUUGCUUUGCUCUUACCCCUCCUUGCUGCUGUACCCCCUGCUGCCACCGUCCCCGCGUGGAAGACUGGUUUCCAUGAGGGCUCCCACUCUCGUCCUAGACCUGCCAUGACCUAUUUCUGGAGCCUUCUAAAAGUGCCAGCCCAUCCAGAGACACAGGGUCAAAGAAUAAAGGCAUCUGUCUCUUACCCCAGGCCCUGGGCCCUGAGUUGGUCCUGUAUUUGCAGAUGCCUGGGGAGCCUAUGGGGUGAGAGCAAGGAGGAGGGGAUCCUUCACCCAACGGCCUUCUAGGGAACGGGGCCCGCACGUGCCUUUUGCUGAGCCCUCUCCCCCAGGUGGGUCAGUCCAGCUAUAGACGCCUUUAGGAACAAGCAGCUCCAGCCCCCUGAGCUCCAAGGGGUGUUGGAGGCAACCAGGAAGUGUGGUUGCCAUGAAGGAAUGGGGCCGGGGACUGGGCGUCACUGGGUGUCACUGGGCCUGCAGCACAGGGAGAUAGGAACAGCACAGCACGUGUCAGAUGGAACCUUCAGAUGCAAUCUCUUGGAAAACAGGAUGCCACCAUCCUAAUACUGGGCACGGUGACGCUCCAGCCCCAGGGGGCAAAGGUGUUUUUCAGUGGAGGAAAAGCUGCUGGAACCCAUGCUCUGUAUGGGGAUCUCUGCAUGUGGGGGGCAUCCUAGGAAGGAGCAGAAGUGAGCUCUAAGCCUUGGUCCUGGGGGAUAGCAUCAAAUUCCAUGUCAGCAAUCUUCCACCACCACGUCGAUCAGCACCCCCAAAGCCUUUCUGUACAAGCUGUAGAAACCGAGGCAAUGAGCAGAUCAGAAAUAGCUUCCUCUCACACGGAGAAACCAAGCCGGGUAGCAAUGGGUGGCAGACAUUUUGUCCGCACGCAGGCUUCUACCUAGUUGCACUGAUUUAUAAUCCACUCUCGUCUCUCCCAAAGCCCGAGGGUCUCCCCUGCCCCUGCCCCCAAGCCUCUGACUCUUCUGUGACCUGGGAUCUCACUGCAAAGAGGGAUAUUACUCAUUAAGGAGCUCUCUGGUUUACUCCUACCCCAACCCAUCCUCCUGACCGCCCCCCAGCCCAACCCUUCCCCCCGCCUUGACUGGCUCCUCCUUCCCCUCACUCAGCCUGACCCUCACUCUCACUCUUCUCACCACCCCACCCCACCCAUUCUUGUCCCUCCCUGACUCACCUCCAAGUCCCAUUGACACAAACAAAACUUUCAGCACAACCCACUCGGACCGGUUUGGCUUAGGUGUGCAGCCUGCCAUGGGGACAGAGAUGAGUUGUAAGCAGAUGCUUGGACACAAGCAGAUUGUGAACAUCUGCAGUUGUACUCGGCAGGAACAGCCCGAAACUGGACGCGGCAGGUGCACAGAGACAUGGAGGGAACACAGGUUGGUGGGCUACAGCGUCCUGUAGUUUCUGUUUCCCAGCUCUCCUAACUGAGGGCUCACGGAGGGCAGGCACCCUGUGUUAGGUGUCCCUGUCCCCUCCCUGGAGCCUGCCACAAAGUGGUGCUCACUAAGUGUCUGUGAGUAAACUAAGGCAGCCAGGCACGCACGGUGAUGCCGCUCAGGCGGGUACACACGCUGAAGAUGCCACCUGGGCUUGAAUUGCUCCCAUUCGUAGGGCCCAGAAUUUGGGUGGGAGAGGGGUAGGUAGUGAGGCACGAGGGGAAUGGGGGUUCAAUGAGGAAGAAAGAACAGAACCCAGGAAACCAGGCACUGGUCUAGGUCUUCCCCAGCCAGGAUUUUCUUCCAGCCCCAGCCCUGGAAUCUGCCUUUCCCCAGGCCUCGUCCCAGAGGAGGGAAGGAAAAGCCUAAGUGAGAUGGCCUGUUCCCCCCAAGAGCAUGCCCUCGUGGGACGCACAAGGGUGAGGGCACAGGGCGGAGAGCAAGUUGGAGAUGGGUAUUCGUUCGAUGAGGGAGGGCCAGACUCCUACCUCAAGCCAAGGCCAGGGGUGGCUGCCUGGCCUGACUACACUGGGUACAUCCUGGCCUUAACACCAGCUCUGGCAAGUCCCGCCUCCCCUCAGCGCUCCGUAUGGCUGGAGUAGGGGUGAGGAUGGAGGGGCUCACAGACUUCCUGGCCAGUGGCACUGUGGAGGGGUGGGAGUAUAUUGUGAAUGGGAAGGCGGAGGGGAUACAGGCGCUGGAUGCCCACCCCAUGACCUAACUGCUGUCCCACCCCCAUGCCUCACUUUCUCCUCCGGUUUCCUGGACCAGGAGGGGGUGAAUCCGUGGGAAGGAAAGGAGCUUCUCUGAAACCAUGCAAUAGGAUCCAAGAUGUGAUAAUUAUAAUUAUAACACAGGAUGCUCCCCCCUCCCAUCCCCCCUGGCCCUACUCCACCCCUGCCUCAGCGGAUCUCAAAGUGGCAUCGGGGUGAGGCUGCCCUUCUGGCACAGGCGGGGACCUGCAUCCUAAGGAGGGGAAGGGGUUUGCGGAGAGAAACUGGGGAGUUUGGGCAUCUGGCCUGGCCCUUGGGGCCACCCCUGACCCACUGGAAAUAGCCCUCAAAGAAGAGGUCACGAGCACGGUCACUGCCAAGAGCUGGAUCUAGACCAGAGUGGGGGGUCAUGGUCCAGAGGCAGGGUGAGGGUCCGGGUGACAGCCCAGGACCAGGGGAGUCGGGAUCUCCACUUUACUGACCCUCCUGGACCACCCUUUCCAUACUGACAUCCAUUCACUCACCACUUCAUGCCUUUGGCAAAAGUGUGUUCAGUGCCAAGUGCCGCGGGCUGACCUAGCAGGGGUGACAGAGACGAGGUCAUUAAACAAGCCUGACGGUUCCAGGAGUUCACAGACCCCAGCUCUGGUCCCGUCCCUCAGCUUCACACAUUUGCUGGGUCCCUGGCACGCAGCAGGCUCCAAUCCAUGCUUUGUGAACCGAAGCUUACAUUUAGGUAAGGAGAUAAGAUGUGCACAAAUUAUGGGUACAUAAGCUAUAAUAAAGGGACUAGCAGAGGCUGGGGAAGAGCAGAGGGAGAAAGAUUCAUUUUGGGUGGGAGGAGCUGAGAAAGCUUCGUGGAAGAUGUGGCAUCUGAGGUCAGCUUUGAAAGAUGAAUGCGAUUUGACAGAGUUGGGGGUGUGGGCUGUGGGGUGUGGGAAAUAGUCUACGCAAGAUGACCCUCCCUUAGUGCUCUCGAGUCCUCCUUCCUGCCUCUGGCCACACAAAAGAGUCCUGCUGCAAAGCUUAACCUCUAUUUCCUUUUCUCAGGUUUCACUCCAUAUUUACCUGUUUGUUUGUUUUUUUGAAGAUUUCAUUUAUUUAUUUGACAAAAAGAGAGAGACACAGCGAGAGAGGGAACACAAGCAGGGGGAGUGGGAGAGGGAGAAGCAGGCUCUCCGCUGAGCAGGGAGCCCGAUGUGGGGCUCGAUCCCAGGACUCUGGGAUCAUGACCUGAGUGGAAGGCAGAUGCUUAACGACUGAGCCACCCAGGCGCCCCUUACCUGUUUUUUUUUUUUUUGGCCCCAGUCUGUCCGUGAGGUUGUCCCUCCCCUUCACCCAGUUUUCAGGGAGUUCAGAGCUUGCUCCCUUCCUCUGGCUAUCCCAGAUUGGCCAGGAAGGUUUUGUGUGACUUGGUGGUGACAUUUUAUGCACAUGGUCCUACAAGUGUGAGUAUACUUACAAGGAUACAAGGACAGAGUGUUUGAAAUGAAGAUUACCCUUGCCAAGUCCAGACAUGUGCUCUCGUCCUGUGACCAUGGCAUAAAAGGGUAAAAUGAACCAUGGAGAGUUGUGCUGAUGCACCUUGGGGAUUCCUGGCCGGGUAACAGGGAGGUGUUGAAGCUGAGAGAGGGUCCCGCUAGGGAGGCCAGGAGUCUGUGGGGCUAAUUUCUCCGUCAGUCCUUUGGCUUCUCCUAUGGACAGUGGGACCCAGGAGGGCGUCACUCAAGCUCCUUCUCCAGGGUCUUUGAGCUAGAUCCCUGUCUCAGGGAUAGAGAUGUCCAAGAAAACCGUGUUACUAUCGAAGCUGUGUGUCCUCCAGCAAGCCCGUUCCCCUCUCUGGGCCCCUUUUCUCAUCUGGAGAAUGAGGUCUAUGGGCCAAUACCGUACUUCUCAGUCCCGGGCUUCUCCGAUUCUCAGCAUCAAAGCUGAGCCCCUCCAGGAGAUUGGGGAACUUGGCAAGGCCCUGGGGAGGCAGCAAGGCUAGUUAGGGUGCGGGAUGCUUGGGUUCCUUUCCACCCACAAGGGCCUUGUCCCUGUUCCUCCUGGCCUGGUGCCUCCCUCUUUGAGCCACCCUGGGCCUUCUUCUACCCCGCCCCCCCAGCACCUUGCCUCUCCCUUCCCAGCCCCUUCCAUGCUGCCAGGUAAAGCCUGGAGCUGACGAUGGGAUCCCCGCCCCCCCGCCCCCCCGCCCCCCCGCCAGGUCCUUCCCUCCCUCCGUGGCGCCCAUUAGCUAGCCCAGGCCGUGGGGGCGGUGGCUGCUGAGUCUCCGUGCCAGGCCCCACCCCCGGAGACGCACCUGUUCUGACCUGCUGAGCAGGUUCCCAGGUUUCUGCCGCCGUCGUCGUUGGCCGCGGCGUGGGAAGCAGCUCCGGGGGAGCUCGGAGCUCCCGACCACUGCUUUUGGGGGGCAGCUCUAGCCGGGUGGGCAGAGCGGGGCUGGGUCCCCAGCAGAGACCCCCAGAGGGACAGGCAGGCGGACUCGGUGAUCUCCUGCCUCCUGGGUCGGUGCCCUCUCCAGCUCUAGAGCCGGCUCCCAGGGAGAACUCGGCGGAACUUCAGAACCACUGGGCAGCUCUGCCUUCCGACCGAUGGCCCCGUCCCUGGGAGCCGAGAUGUGGGGGCCCGAGGCCCUGGUGCUGCUGCUGCUGCUGGCAUCAUUUACAGGCCGGUGCCGGCCAGGCGAGCUGGAGACCUCGGAUCUGGUGACCGUGGUGCUGGGCCAGGACGCCAAGCUGCCCUGCUUCUACCGAGGGGACCCCGGCGAGCAGGUGGGGCAGGUGGCGUGGGCGCGGGUGGACGCGGGCGAGGGCCCCCGGGAGCUGGCGCUGCUGCACUUCCAAUACGGGCUGCACGUGAGCGCGGCCUACGAGGGCCGCGUGGAGCAGCCGCCGCCCCCACGGAGCCCCCUGGACGGCGCGGUGCUCCUGCGCAACGCGGUGCAGGCGGACGAGGGCGAGUACGAGUGCCGCGUCAGCACCUUCCCCGCCGGCAGCUUCCAGGCGCGGCUGCGGCUCCGCGUGCUGGUACCUCCCCUGCCCUCACUGAACCCCGGGCCAGCGCUAGAAGAGGGCCAGGGCCUGACGCUGGCAGCCUCCUGCACGGCAGAGGGCAGCCCAGCCCCCAGCGUGACCUGGGACACGGAGGUCAAGGGCACAGCGUCCAGCCGCUCCUUCAAGCACUCCCGCUCAGCUGCUGUCACUUCAGAGUUCCACCUGGUGCCCAGCCGCAGCAUGAAUGGGCAGCCCCUCACCUGCGUGGUGUCCCACCCUGGCCUGCUCCAGGACCAGAGGAUCACCCACAUCCUCCAAGUGGCCUUCCUCGCUGAGGCCUCUGUGAGGGGCCUUGAAGACCAAAAGCUGUGGCAGGUCGGCAGAGAAGGUGCUACACUCAAGUGCCUGAGUGAAGGGCACCCCCCUCCCUCGUACAACUGGACACGGCUGGACGGGCCUCUGCCCAGUGGGGUCCGAGCGGAAGGGGACACGCUGGGCUUUCCUCCGCUGACCACGGAGCACAGUGGCAUCUACGUCUGCCACGUCAGCAAUGAGCUCUCCUCCAGGGACUCUCAGGUCACUGUGGAUGUUCUUGCAGACCCUCAGGAUGCCCCAGGGAAGCAGGUGGACCUGGUGUCAGCCUCUGUGGUGGUGGUGGGUGUGAUCGCCGCGCUCCUCUUCUGCCUUCUGGUGGUGGUGGUCGUGCUCAUGUCCCGAUACCACCGGCGCAAGGCUCAGCAGAUGACCCAGAAAUAUGAGGAGGAGCUGACCCUGACCAGGGAGAACUCCAUCCGGAGGCUGCAUUCCCAUCACACGGACCCCAGGAGCCAGCCGGAGGAGAGUGUAGGGCUGAGAGCCGAGGGCCACCCUGAUAGUCUCAAGGACAACAGUAGCUGCUCUGUGAUGAGUGAAGAGCCGGAGGGCCGCAGUUACUCCACGCUGACCACGGUGAGGGAGAUUGAAACACAGACGGAACUGCUGUCUCCAGGCUCUGGGCGGGCAGAGGAGGAGGAAGAUCGGGAUGAAGGCAUCAAACAGGCCAUGAACCAUUUUGUUCAAGAGAAUGGGACCCUGCGGGCCAAACCCACGGGCAAUGGCAUCUACAUCAAUGGGCGGGGGCAUCUGGUCUGACCCAGGCCUGCCUCCCUCCCCUGAACCUGGCUCCUUCUGCUGACCUGGGGAAUUUCUACUCAUCACACGGGGGCCUCCCUACACACCUUCUUUCUUGAGGAAGAUGCUCCCCAUCCCACUGACUGCUCGACCUUUUCCUGCAACCCUUCUGUUCGACAAUGGGGGGCUCUGCCGGUUGAGUCCUCCCCACCCCCUUCGUGUGUGCGUGUGCACGCUUGCACUAGUGUGUGUUCGCAGAGUGUGUGUGUGUGUGAGAGAGAGUCCAAACGAACUGCGAUGGGCUGGGCUCGUUAUGGCGUGGCUGUGUGACCUCUACCUGGAAGCGCAGGUUAUCUCCUCAAACCCCAGAGCAGUAUUAAUGAGGCCGAGUUGGAGGCGAGGGGCGGAGACUGUGGUCAGACCCAGAUAUGCUGGCAUAGCUGGAACUGGAUUCUGGCCUCCUGAGGAGGGGAGCCGGGCUCCCGCCACUUGGGAGCCGAGGGGCGAGUUAAAGCAGUCAGCCCAGGGGGGGGCCAGAGACUAGCACCCUUUUACCGGAGAAGCCCUUGGCGCUCUGGUGGCCUCUGGUGGCCUCUGGGCCUGCUGCAUGUGCAUAUUUUCUAUAAAUAAAACUGUUGGGGGAGUUUCUUUAAGGAAUACUGCUCCGAAUACUUUAAUAAGAGAAACAAAUCUUUAAAAAGAAAACAAAACUUUUGAUUUCUCUGGAUGUUUGUUAUUACUCGGCUUGCUUAGUGUGAGACCGGCCUCCACGGAAGUCAACAAAGCUGGGCCUUGCGCAGACCCCGGCAGGGGGUUCGUGCCUGUGUCUCGGAAAGGUGCCCCUUCUAAGGCACUUGAAUUUAGGCAGUCUCCCAGGAGGGAGCCUGGCGCUGUGGAGUCUGAGUCGGGGCGUGAGCCCCUGGGUCCCCGGCUGCAGGAGGACAGGGUGGGGUCCUGGGCCCUGCCCCUGGCCGCCUCUCUGCUCCUCGCUGCAUCGGCAGUUGUCUGUGGUCCCUUGGGAGAGUGUUGCGGGGACUGGGUGACAAGAGCUCCUUGUUUGGUUGUGGUAUAGGGGAGACGGGGUAGUGAUCACAGCCCAAGGGACGGGGGGGUGGUUCUGGUGGGGGGAGAAGGAGCUGCUGGGGGCAGGAAUGUCUCCUUUCUCCCAGGGGCCUCGGGGUCACCAACCUGGGGCUCUUCUGGCAGUUUCUGCGGGUCUGGGCUGGGUUUAGAUACGGUCCAUUGUUGCCUGGCCCACCUGAACACACUCAGCCAGAAUACCUAGAUUUUGCGCCCAAACCCUACUUGGCCUGAAAUCUGCUGGAUUUCUGGACCAAGAGAGAGACGUCAUCCCCUGCUCCCCAGCCAGCCCAGGACUUUGAAUGUGGAGCCCAACGAUCUGGGGUCCUAGGAUGUACAUUUUGUGUAAAUAUGUGCAUAUUUGUACAUAAAAUAUUCUGUUUUUAAAUAAACAGAUAAAACUGUUCUGCCUGGUUUCUCUCUUGCCCCUGGGCAACUCAACCCCCGCUCAGCACCGUUCCCCUCGGCCCCAAGUAGGCGAGGAGCUAGGACGCCUGUGGCUGGGAGGCGAGGGGGAAAGAAAUGCCCUCUGCCACCUCUGAGAGUCCCCGGGUAGGCCGACAGAGCGAAAAGCCCCUUCCCGCACAGCCCGCGCCUUCAUGCGCGGUGUCAUCACUCCUGGGUCACGUC